UGUCCCAGAGUCCUUCAAGGCAGUGACGCCUCCCCGCUUCUAACUCCUCCUUCCCACUCCACUGGGCCGCGAGGAAGUCGCAAGAUGGCUGAUGUCGCUUGGAAGUAACGUUCCCCUCCGCAACAUGAAGCCGUGAGCGUGGAAGAACGCGAGGGAGGCACCAUCGGGCUUUUAUUUUUAUUUUCUUUUAGUUACUUUUCUUUUAGUUCGUUAAACAUCCAUUUCAUUCCGCGUCGUGUCCGCCCCGGACUCGUCUUCGGGAGUUGACGCGUCAAAAUCACGCCGGGGACCCUGCCAGCAGCUAGCGGCUAGCCACCGUUAGCAAAUAGAAGUACAGCUAGCCACACUGCUUAGUACUUUGCUUUUUAACUGAUAUUUUAAUCACCGGCGAGCCAUUAAGCUGCGGCUAGACGUGUGGUGAAGUUUCCCAGGCGCUUCGCGCAAUAAAGGUGGCACAAAAAUUGAGCUGUCAUUAAAAAAUAACGUGUUUUAAAAUCUGAACACUAUGUCCGCGAACUGGCCAUCCAGUCUGUGGGUUGCUAACUAAUGCGCAGCACCGCAUCCGUUCAUGUGGACUUAUCAGAGGUAUUAUCAUUUGAUCAACAUUUCACAGAAACAUCCAACACCUCGUUGCAUGUCCGAUACUCGAUGUCAGUUUGAUUCUGGAAGCUGGUUGAGUCGAAGCCAAAUAAUGGAAGCGGGAAAUAUGUUUAACUUUUUGUAGUUGUAGGUAGCAACAGUGGCCUUGGCUGGCAUCACACCAAAAAUCCACAGGGAUGGACACUAAUCUGAGCAGCCACGACCAAAAGUGAGAGGUCAGCAUUUGGAUAUUUUGGGGGGAAAAAAAUCCUCUUUAGGAGACUCGUUUAUUCAACAGUUCCCGGCGACUCCCCUCACCAGCCGGCCUGAUAGACCGGUUGUUUUACAGUGAACUCAAAGUACAGUUUGUCACUACAGCGGAGACCAGUUAGCACUGCUAGCUACCGUCUCAACCCACAACACGUUACAAACACGGCGUACAGAACGUACUCAGAAGCCGCUCCCGGCCAUACACACAGGCUCAACAACACCGUCAUGGGUGUGCAGGGCUUUCAGGAGUACUUAGAGAAGCGGUGCCCCGGGGCGGCGGUCCCCGUGGACCUCCUCAAGCUCGCCCGCACCGCGGCCCGCCAGCCCCCUCACCAUCAUCACCCACACCACCACCCACAUCACCCCGGGCCCAUGCCUCCCCCGCCCCCGCCUGCCAGGAUCCUGAUCGACGCCGACUCCAGCCUGCAGCGCCUGUAUGGCGGUUACCAAACGGACUGGGUGUGCGGAGGCGAGUGGAACGCGAUGCUGGGCUACUUGGCCGCCCUGUCGCAGGCCUGCCUGUACCAAGGCGGCCUGGAGCUGGUCGUGGUGUUCAACGGCACCCUGGGGAAGGAGCGGUGGCCCGACUGGGCGCGGCGAGUCCAGGGCCAGAGACAGACGGCCCAACUGAUCGUCAACCACGUUAGCAGCAAGGCCACCCCGCCUCCGAGGGCAUGGUUUCUGCCACCGACCUGCCUCAGCCACUGCGUCCGCCUCGCCAUGUUCCGCUUCCGAGUGCGGGUUGUACAAACCUUGGAGGACCACCACCAGGAAGUGUUGUCUCUCUAUAGGGAUUACGGAUUUUCCGGCCUCAUCGCUCAGGACUCUGAGUUUGCCCUUUGCAAUGUGCCCGCCUACUUUUCGUCACAUGCACUUAAACUGAGCUGGAAUGGCAAGAAUCUGACCACACACCAGUACCUGCUGUCUGAAGCAGCCAGGCACCUUGGGCUAAAGACACAGCAUCUGCCACUCUUUGCUGCUCUGUUGGGAAAUCAUAUUCUGCCUGAUGAGGACCUAGCUGCCUUCCACUGGAGUCUGCUGGGGCCAGAACACCCACUAGCUUCCCUCAAGGUGCGGGCCCAUCAGUUGGUUCUGCCGCCCUGUGAGGUUGUGAUCAAAGCUGUUUCUGAGUAUGUCUCCUCCAUCAAAGACCUGGGAAACCUCGACACCAUCGCCAGGGAUGUCUUUAAACAGUCACAGUCACGAAUGGAGGACAAGGUGGAGCGAUUCAAGAAAGCUGUGGAGUACUUCUCAGCUGCAUCCAAACCACGCUCGCCUAACAUGGGGCCCUCCCCUUUCAUCUUACCUGGGUUUGGACCUGUUCCAUUUGGGGGACCACCUGGCCACAUGGGACCGAUCCCACUUGGAAAGAAUCAGUUUCCUCCCCCGCAGGGUCCAGGGUUUAAGCCACCGUAUCAGAAUGCCCCAUACGGACCUGGCUCCGCCCCUCUUUUUCACCCCCCUCAGCAGCCGCCCCAGGACUGCAACGACUCACUGACGGGCAAGAUGGGCUUCGCCGACUGGUCGGCCCCGUACGAUUCCACACAGAGUGGGAGUCGGCUACCCAACCAUCACACCAGCACCCAGUCGGGUCCCUCCCCUUCUCCUUCCUCGUCAUCAGAUGGAGACGAACCCAAUGACGGCAACGCUAAUCAUCUGACAGACAAGUCCUCUCGGUGGGAGGAUCCAUCUGGAAGAGGGGGCCCGGCCUCUGGAGACGGUUCUCAUGGCAACGGUAGCGCGCCGAACAUUCCGUCACUGUUGUCGAUGGCGACGCGGAGUCAUAUGGACAUAACCACACCCCCGCUGCCUCAGGUCAGUGCUGAGGUUCUUCGUGUAGCCGAACACAGACACAGAAGAGGGCUGAUGUACCCCCAAAUUUACCAUAUUUUGACCAAGGGAGAGAUGAAGAUGCCAGUGUGUAUAGAGGACGAGUGUAACUCCGAGGUGCCUCCUGCCUCGCUGCUGUUCCGAGCUGCCAGACAGUACGCGUACGGCGUCCUCUUCAGUCUGGCUGAAACGCACCGCCGCCUGGAGAGGCUCGCCCUCCGCAAGAGGACUCCGCUAGAAGUUCCUCCAGUGAUUGUCAAAGAGUGGAGCAGCGGUAAGGCCAAGUCAGCCCUGACACCAGAGCUGGUUCCGGCUAUGUGUUUCCGAGAAUGGACCUGCCCAAACUUGCGGCGGCUCUGGCUGGGUCGUGCCAGCGAGGACCGCUCAAGGAGAACUAGAGCCUUCCUGGCGUGCCUGCGCUCUGACUGCCCAGCCCUCCUAAACCCCGCACAAGUCCCACAGCAUCUGCUGCUCAUGUGCUGCGUGCUCAGGUAUAUGAUGCAGUGGCCUGGUGGACGGAUCCUCCAGAGACACGAGCUCGAUGCCUUCCUGGCCCAAGCUGUUUCCAGCCAGCUCUACGAGCCCGACCAGCUGCAGGAACUCAAGGUGGAGAAGGUGGACGCCCGCGGCGUUCAGCUGGCCUCUCUCUUCAUGGCCGGCAUCGACACGGCGUUGUUCAUCAAUGAUGUCUGCGGCCAGCCAUUGCCGUGGGAACACUGCUGCCCCUGGGGCUUCUUCGAUGGCAAGCUGUUUCAGAGCAAACUGGCCCGGGCCGCCCGCGACCGGGCCGCCCUGCUGGACAUGUGCGAGGGGCAGGAGGAGCUGGUGUCAAAGGUUGAUAAGAUGCGCCAGGCGAUUCUCGAGGGCAUCAACCUCUCUCGUCCUCCUCCCCCUCCACCUCCUCUUCCACCUCCUGCCUUCCUGCCCCCUGCCAUGGUGCCCCCUUUCUACCCCAUGCCUCUCUACCCACCUCGUCCUAUGGGGGGCAUGCCCCCUCAUCACCCGCAUCAUCCACAUCACCCCGGCCAACACAGACCCAGAGCUUUCCCAGGCAUUCAGUCCAUCCCACCUCAGGGAGGGAAACUGGAGAUAGCCGGCAUGGUGGUUGGACAGUGGGCUGGAAACAAGCCUCUCCGCGGCAGAGGGGGCUUUAACAUGCAGGUGGUCUCAGUGGGAGCCGGAAAAGGGAGGGGUAAGGAGAUUCCAGCGAAAGUAAAGGGAGGGAAAAAACCAGCUGCCAACAGAACACAGACAUCACCCCCCCCACCCAGCAGUCCCUCGAAGCCCUCAGAGGAGGCGGGCUCCACGCCCGAGGUCUCCACUCAGCAGCUGAACGGCAGCUCAGCAGCCUCUGCCAUCGGCCAGCCCUUGGAGCUGGCCCAGCCAAUCCCGUGUGCCUUACCCAGCAUAGACAACCAAUCAGAGGGGGUGGAAUUGGAGGCCACCUGUUGCCUUGACGACUGCCCGUCUGACGGAGCGCUACAGAAGGAGGAGUGACUGCAUCCUUCCCAUGAUGCGCUGCUCUCAGAGAGUUAUCUGUGUUCGACUGCCUUUCCCCUGUUUUUGUAGCCCCGUCUGCUAGCUGUGCGCACAAUCACAUGGAGCAGGAAGUGAUGCGAGGCUCGCUUUACUUCCUUCGCCAUGUGAUAGACUGAAGCAGCUAGCAGUUGCUCCCUUUUAUUUUACUCAUGUGGUUUAAAUAGUUUUAUGAAGAAAGGGUUUCUCCAUGAGUCCGUAAGCGCCCCCACUCUUCCAAAAAGGUAAAAAAAAAAAGAAAAAACAACUCCUGAACGUCUCCCACUCAGAGCUUAAAGCUACGCCCCCACCCACCCCACCCCAAUCACCAUGUCAGUACACUUUCUUAUUUUGUGUUUUUGAUGGUCCCAUUGUUUAAAUCUCUGCACACUGACGUUGUGUUUGCGGCCGCGGCGACUGAUCGGAUCGGUUCACAGCUGCUAAUUGUGGCCGGUCGUGGUGUGUCCCUAGCUCUGUUGCCACAGCGAUCAUGACAGUUUUGUCUGAGAUGAAUUAGGAGUUUGACUCCUGCUAUGUGGCAAUGUUUUAAACACAGGUGCACCAUUUUUCUGUGCAGUGAGCCCCUCACCCCCACUACACACACACACACACACACACACAGAAUUAGCAUGUGUGUUAGCAACCCCCUCCCCAUAUAUAGAUUGAUUGGUUAAUUAUCACUGGAGCACUUCAUGGUAAUAGUGUGCUAUCUUACUUUGACCGUUGUAGCAUAGCCUAAUGCUUAGAUGUGCUGAGAGAGACCCCCCCCCCCCAGAGAUUUUAUGCACCUUAAGUCCUCAAGUAUGCAAGAUCGCCCCCUUCCCCUUUGUCCUUUUUGUCCCAAAGCUUUGAUUGUAUUAACCCAGCAGAAGCACUUAAUGUUGUAUUUUCAUGAGUCCGAGUAAGCCCCUGUACGGUUGAAUCGACGUUCUGUCAGGGAUGUCCCUCCUGAAUACAUCUUUACGACAUGUAGAAGUACGUUUUAAAGGUAGAGAUCCUUUUGAGAGACAUCAGAAUGUGAACAGAGUGGUUCAGCACUUUGUCUUUAAAAUAUUCAACCACACUGGACAGUCCUUUACCAGAUUAAAUGGAAAUAAAUCUAAACUUUGAGGCACCUUCUUGACUUGAGGCCAAAAAAUGGAGAACAAGAAGAAUAAUGUUGCCCAGAAACAGAUUGAAGUAGAUGGUGAGAGUUUGAGGGAACUGCUGCCAAGCAGAGUUCCCCUCAGCACCUCACAGUGUCAAGAACCGUGCAAUGAAGCAAAAAGGUGUUGUGACUCCUGCAAACCAUUUCAGAUUACUGAAAGUUUCUAUCCAAAGUGUACGUCAGUAAGGCUUGCCGUCAAAGGCGGCAAGCCGCAAAAAAAAUAAAAUGGGCGCAGUAGCAAUUCCUUCCGGGUCCCACCAUCCCUUGACUAGGAGCUGCUGCCCCGCAGAGCUCCAGUGAGUUACUUUAGACCGACAGGAAGCCUCUCGCUGUCCCAUAGUCCUUCCCACAAACACAACAGAGACUCUGUGGGCUGCAUGAAAUGACAGGGAGGUGCGCUGCUCACACCCUGAGACUCCUAACAUAUGGAAACAUUUUAAGUUAGAGCACUUAUGUUUGUAGACAGUGAAAUGUGCCCUCCUGCUCCCCUUAUUGACCCCGCAGUAGAUCUCAUCAAGACGAGAUCCAGAAGUACAAACAAAUUUAAAAGCAGUGGAGCUGAGAGAUGGCAGCCAUGAAUAUAUUUACCUCUGAACUCAACAUGAAAAAAGGCAAGUCAGCUAGAAGCACCUUAUUUUCUUACUGUAUUAAUGACUUGUGCUCCAUUGUGUGCCACAACCUUUACAAAGAAGUUGCUCUUCUGAAGGAAAAAACAAACCAACGACCCUGACUGUACGCAUUAAUGUAGUCACGUCAGACAUCUCCCUCUGUUCUGAACUCGACCAUUUACCAGUGACACAGUUUGACCCAGCCGUGAGCGUAGGCCUACGCUCGCCGGCACGGCGCUGAGUCAGCGCCGCCGUCUUUUACACCAACUCCCAAUGAAUCCAGAGGUUCCAGCUCGGCACACGAGUGCUGUAGGUGUCUGUAGAGUAAGGUAGCGGCAUCAGGGCCUAACUGGACCGUAAAUCGCAGACACAGAGACUAGACUAGAAAAUAGAGCUCCGCUUGCUGAAAUACUAAGUCUAGGUUUUCUAGGAGACAUAAUGCUUAACAGCUUUCAACUUUUGACAUUAGUACAGAUAACAAGAUGUAAAGAUGGCUUUUUUUUCUGUGGCGAGCCAGAGCGUGAUCCGUUCCACACGAUGUCCUCUCUCGAUUCGCUCGCCACACCACACACUGAUAUAAAAACACACACUCUUUCACCCACAUUCAGACACCGCAUUCUCUCUGCUUUUGUGCUGAAGUUUUCUUUUUGUGUGUGCAGCAGUCGAGUGGUCGUCAGUUCAUCGGAGAUCCUUUGGUAGCGCGUUCUGACUUAAAAUAUCCCACACAGACAAGUUUGCACUAACAGAUUUAAAAGGUAAAAGAAAACCAGGUCGGCACGCUGAUAAACUGCACACCUUAUACACACACGCGCACACACAGCACACUGAUAACGACACGCAGAUACAUAGGUGUUAAACUAUAGUUAGUAUGGUUAAAAAAGAAUCAACGCAACAUAUGAUGUAGUGUCCCGUUUUUGUCCUUGUCUGUUUCAGUUUGAUAGAUAUUGAUCAAUGAUUUUUUUUCUCCUCCUCGUUACUCUAAUAGCCCCGCCCUCCUUUUGUUAUGACACCUUUUAUUUCCUUAACUCCCUCUUCAUUUACUUCUUUUCUCUGCCUCAAGCACUCCUCAGACCUCUGAGGAGUACAUGCAUCCUCACACACAAACAAACUCAUUAAAAGCAGCCACACACAAACACAAUGAUGAUAACACACACAGAUUAACCCCCUCUGCCCCCACGUUUCUCUCUCUGACUCUGUUAGCUCUUAAGGAAUGUUUUUAUUUGAUUUCAUCCCCUUUUUCUCUCCUCUCUCUGGGCUGCCUCGCCCUUAAUCAACCCGAUUAACAUUAAAGGUUAUAUUAACGUUGAUAAUCAGUUUCUGUAUGUAUCUAGCCAGAGUGGAAAGAAAAAAAAUCAGAAAAAAUCAAAACUGUUUUAUUCAAUUGUGCAAAUGUGUUUUUCUUACUAUUUUUAAUGGUAUUACAUCUCUCUAAUCUUAACCUUCUACCAUUGCUUCAGUUAGUACUGAAAUACGCUUAGCCAACCUAGAGAUUUGAACUGUAAUGAUUGCCAUUCUCCUUACCUGUAUCUAUAUGGCAUCUUUAGACCACUUCACCAUUUAUGUAUGUGAGUAAGUAUUGCCCGCUUUUUCUCGAAUUGAAAAUCGUCGUCUGCAUAAUGUUUGAUUAUUACAAUAUCCCUUAAAAAAACGAUUUAUCUCAUAUUUAGUCCAAGCUGAACUCUCUGCACCCUUGCACAAAGCAGCAAAGCAUCUCUUGUGAACAUCUGAGAACCAAAGCACGCCUCGCAAUGUUCCCCCUUCCCUCCCUAAAGCCCCCCGUUGUCCCCCACCCACCCAACGAUCCACCUUAUAUCAACAGUCUGCCCCCCAAACAAUGCGUUUUUGGAUCAAAACUGAAUAUAUUUAAAUAUUUUACAGCACGUGUGAUAUAUCUGACAAGUCUGUGAGGAUAACGGUGUCUGUUGCAGAGACGCAGACGGUCAGGACCAGAGUGAGCAAACAUAUGAGGCAGGUCUGGCCCUACUGGGGGGUUUUUGCAGCCCUUUUGCCUUUUUUCUAGAUUUAUUUGUUCAGUUUCUCUGACUCACAUGGUAGUUCUUUGUCUCAAAGCUCACUGAAUGUCCCCAUGCUGUAGGAGAGAAAGGAGGCUGUCAACAGAGGCUGAAUUUUCCAACAAACACACAUAAGCUCUUCCCACAAAAACCGAGACAUGUUUGAGAUCGAAAGUUUAAACCGACAUGGAGCUCAUUUAAAGUAACACUCCUAUUUUCCUCCAAAUAAUUAACCGACAUUGGCAGCGUCUGGUUGGUGGCUCCAAGUUGCUUCACCCAACGAUCCUUUUCAAACCUGCUGUAUUCAAAGUGUUGAUAGUUCCAGAAAAACUACCCCCGGCUGAAGUCAAGCAACGUGUUCAUCAUGAUGAAGCACCGCAUUAUUGUCGAUCGGCCUUCCAACAUAACAAGUAAUGGGUCAUAAAUUAAAACCAUUUUUAGAAUCCUAUCAUGCAGUUUGACUGCAAAACUUAAGAGAUAAAUUUUACUUUAACCAUAUAAAUACAAACUGGAUUUGUUUCAAUUUGAGUCUUAGAGAAUAAACAUUUUAUUAAUGAGGAAAUCAGUAAUGCAACCCCCGUUAACAUGUUCCAAUUAGGCUUUGGCCUGAGGUUUUGAGAUUCUCAGUUUUAUUACCUUAAGCAAAAGUAGCCUGGUAUUAUGCUGCAGAUGCAAAAAAUAUAACAAUGUAUUUUGGUUUUAUUCGAAACAGAAAAACAAUUUUGACAUGUUGCUAAAGUUAUAUGUUGAUUGUUACUGUUAGAAUAGAUUUUUCCUCAAACUAAAGCAAACAAGGAAAACUCCAGGUAAAUGUAGUUGCUUUUAAAUGCAAAAUUGUUCUUUUUGCCAUUCUGCUCUUAAUAGAAAAAUCCCAAAAAUGGCAUUAGUUGUCAGGCUCGGGUACAACAUGCAGUCAUCUGCCCUACAUACAUGCAGCGUGUCAAUGUAUUUUUAAGACUACGUUAUUUUCACGCUGACAAAUUUCAUCUUAGUUACCAAGGGAAAGGAAAAACACCCACAGUGCUUAGCAACAGUCGGGGAAAGGUCAGCUCUGUUAUUUAUGCUUCAUACAGUAAGAAAACAACUUUCUGUGGUGUCUUAUUAAAAUGAAUAACUCAGAGGAAUGGUAUGAUGGAGAAUUAUAGCAAUUUUUUAAAACCAUAACUUCAAAGCCUUAGUAUAUCUUAUUGCUGAUAACCAAGCCUUGUUUUGUAAAUUGUUAGGGGAGGUGAGACGACUAAUAUUCUGGUGUUUUGGGGAGAAUCCACCCUCUGUAUGAUUUAAAUGUUCCGUUACAGCCAUCCUACCUCUCUGCCUACACUGAUGGGAGCCUCUCCAAAGAGCUCAGCCAUGAGAGGAGAACUAUGUCCUGGAGCAAAAGUGUACCGUGUGUUAUUGUAGAAAGGAAUCAGUAUUACUGUGGGUCAUACAGAGGCCAGAAAGGAGCUACCCCAGGUGCUGAACCUGUCCUGAUCUGUUGAUUCUCACUGCUUGUUAUCUGGUUCCAGUAAAAGUCCUUUACUUCUGUCGGUCUGUCUGUCUCUACACUGCCACUCCCCUCCUCUCAACAGCCCCUUAAGACCCAGUCCCAGCCCAUCCCCACCCCUCCUGGUACCGUCUCCACUUUCCCAGUCAGGCUGAUCGUUUGUCGUCACCUUGGUCAAUCUUCAGCAGCGUGUGUCCUGAUGCAUCCGUACCCAUAACCACCCAAAACUACCUGUGCAGCGAAAAAAAUAAAAAAGGGUUCAAAUGUAUCCAUGAUAUAAUUGUUAUAGAAAUAUUAUCAUCAUUAUUGCUGUUAUAAUUAUGGUUGGUAUAAUUUGUUCAUUGUUAGCAUUAUGGAAGCACCAGACAGUCUGAGGAAGAACGAAAAGAAAGUUUGUUUUAAUUUUUUUCCUUUUUUUUUUAAGUUUUAUUUGUCUGGCUGUUGGUGGUCUGAUCACACAGAGGGAGGGGAGGAAAGGUUCAGGAAGAGACAAAGAUGGCAGUCACGUUUGUACUGGUUGGGAAAUGACUUACAGUGCUGAAAUAAAAUUUAUUCUUUUAGUAAAAAAAUGA